CUCCAAACGUCACAACCCUCCGCCCUCCACUCCCAGCUAUUACAAUCCAUUCAACCACGAUUUUAUCAGCACCCAACGAGGCCUCACUGCUGAUUGACGACCGAGACGAACCACGACCACUACGCCGAACACACGAAGCAGUCACAAUGGAGUUUGGCAACUCAGGGAUGCUCAACGAAGAUGGUGUCCAUAUCGAUAUGGACAGGCUGAAGAAGGGAGAGGUCAACCUAGGAACUUCGAUUAUGGCUGUCACAUUCAAGGAUGGUGUCAUUCUGGGAGCCGAUUCACGCACAACCACCGGCGCAUACAUCGCAAAUCGAGUCACAGACAAGCUCACGAGGGUGUCUGACACCAUUUGGUGCUGUCGAUCCGGGUCGGCUGCCGACACGCAGGCCGUCGCCGACAUUGUCCAAUACCAACUGGGGCUGUUCCACAUGACGAACGGCAAGCCCCCAACAACGCAGACCGCCGCGGCCAUCUUCCAAGAGAUCUGUUACUCAAACAAGGACCGGCUGUCAGCAGGUCUUAUCAUCGCAGGCUGGGACGAGCGACACGGCGGCCAAGUCUACUCGAUCCCGCUCGGCGGCUCCCUACACAAGCAGGCAUAUGCGAUUGGCGGCUCGGGCUCAACCUACAUCUACGGAUACUGUGACGCGAACUGGCGGGAGGGUAUGGAGGAGGCUGACGCCGUUCAGUUCGUCAAGGGUGCAUUGGCAGAGGCCAUCAAGUGGGAUGGCAGCUCCGGCGGUGUUAUCCGCAUGGUCGUGUUGACGGCCAAGGGUGCCGACAGGCAUCUGUACCUCCCUGACGAGGGCUACACUGUCAAGCACUAGAUCUGCGUCGGAAAAGGGGACUGAUGAACGGUUCAUUGUGGAGGGGGAGACUGAAGUUGGGAGGAACCUAGGCUUUGAUGACCACUGGGCUUCCUCUUGUACCAACAUGACAUUAUGGUAGACUUGCGGGAUGAUCUUGCAGGGGCACAUUUACUUUUUAAUGAAGUCCAAAGAGUGAUGGGUUGGGAUGACAACCAGAUAGAUCCGUUCACCCCCUCUUCAAAAAGACACAAGAGAGGUUCUUCUUCCGUCCCCUGUAAUGAUCAGGUGAUAUUGUGUGGAUGUCCGCAUGCCAAGAAUUCUACGUAGCAAGCUGGGUACGGAGUUCGGAG